AUGUACGAAGACAAGAGUAACGCAGAUCGCCGCCCCGUCAGCACCUACUUGGCUUACAAAGAGCACCGGCCCACAAGCAUGAUGACCGAUGAAUCUCCUUUCUAUCUUGCGGUUAAUAACGAAAACCCGAAACCUGGUCAAAUGUGGUUCAAAUGCUCUCCGCUUGGAGUCAACUCCUUGAGAAGCAUGCUCAAGAACAUGAUAAGAGGUUCGGGCCUAGAAACAGAUAAAAAACUUGUAAAUCACAGCACAAGAAAGCAUUUGGUUCAGAAGCUGGUUGAUAAUGACAUACCGCCAAACGAAAUCAUUCAGAUCACUGGACAUAAAAACGUUAACUCUUUAAACAACUACUCAUCUUAUCCGACAAGAAACAGCAGAAGAUUUCCGCUGUGUUGUCUAAUGCAGCCAGUACCAGCCAAAGCUUGUCAGCCGUAUCUAUUGAAGAGAAUACUAAAGCUGAAAGCUUUUUAUCAGGUGCAACUUCGGGAAGUUUAUUUCAAAAGUGCCAAAUCGCAACGGUAA